GCACGGAGUGGCCACGUAAUCAUUUGUCGAAUUAUAUUACGUUUUGCGCAUUUGCAUUUGUUCCUUUUUAUAAAUUAGCUAUUUAACUUUAUUGCUUAGAUGCAUACUGUGUCACUUAUUGUGAUGGUUUUUGUUCACGUGUGGUAUGUGGAUGGCUGUACGAUAGAUGUGGCAUACGACUGCAACACUUACAAACAAAAAGAGGAAGUAACUGUGGGGUGGUGCUGGGACAUCACAAAGUUGUUCAGAUGCAAGGAAUCAAACUGGAAACCAGUGUAUGAGUUGGACCUCUGUUCUCGAAAAAAGUGCUGCCCGGGGUACCAAGGUCCAAGCUGUGAACACAUCAACGAAUGCGAUAAGUUGAACGGCGGCUGUUCUCAUGAGUGUACCAACACCCCUGGAUCAUACCGCUGUUCCUGCCCGGAGGGUUUCAAAAUGGCAACCAAUAUGCUAACUUGCAUUGAAAUACGCACAACAACGCUAUCACCUCCACCCGGUGCUUGCGCAUUAAAUAACGGAAACUGCUCCGACACAUGCGUGGAGACAAAUAAUGGUUCCCGGCAUUGUUAUUGUCCAAAAGGAUAUGAGAUCUCGGAGAACGGAACCACGUGCAAAGUAAUGGAUCUACUGCCAUCAGUGAUUGAUUCCACCAAAGAUAACUUUCUUCUCGACGUGAUUCUUAUGCUGUCGCUGUCAUUGAUAACACUGUUGUUACUGUUGGUCAUGUGCUGCUUUAGGAGGAAAAGUUUUGAUUGGCACGUUAAGGUGACGUCUUCGAUGACAUCCUUGGUUCGCAAUGUGAAGCAAAGGUGGGGAGACUGGAGGAAGUCGAAGUGA